CCUUUCGCUCAACCCCAUCCCCUAACCCCACGAAAUGGCCGCCGCCCCUUCUUCCCGCGAGGAUUUCGUUUACAUGGCCAAACUCGCCGAGCAAGCCGAGCGCUACGACGAAAUGGUCGACUUCAUGGAGAAGGUCUCCCUCUCCGCCGACAACGAGGACCUCAGCGUCGAGGAACGGAACCUUCUCUCCGUCGCUUACAAGAACGUGAUCGGCGCACGCCGUGCUUCGUGGCGGAUCGUUUCCUCCAUCGAGCAGAAAGAGGAGAGCCGUGGUAAUGAGGAUCACGUCGAUGCCAUACGUGAUUAUCGGGCCAAGAUCGAGUCCGAGCUUUCCUCCAUCUGUGACGGGAUCUUGAAGCUGCUUGACUCCAGGCUAAUCCCUUCGGCUUCCGCUAAAGACUCCAAGGUCUUUUAUCUUAAGAUGAAGGGCGAUUAUCAUAGGUAUUUGGCUGAAUUCAAGGCUGGAGCCGAACGUAAGGAAGAUGCUGAGAGUACUCUCACUGCUUAUAAAUCUGCUCAGGACAUUGCCGGCGCCGAGUUGGCUCCAACUCACCCGAUCCGACUUGGACUGGCACUAAAUUUCUCUGUUUUCUACUAUGAGAUUCUCAACUCUCCUGAUCGUGCUUGCAAUCUUGCAAAACAGGUUGGUUCUUCUUAA